GACGUCGCACCUGUAGGGGCGGCGCAACUGGACACGGCGUCGCAUUGUGGUGUCGAUCCCACACCGGAGAGACCGACCGGUGCUGAUGCGAGUGUACGCUACGAGUACUUGUGCUCGCUAAAGCCGGCUUCUGCCACGAUGGCAAGCUCUGAAUCACCGGUCCUGUCUCCACAGGGGCUGCGUUAAGUGAGGUCGGGAUCCGCUAACAUUGAAGGGGAUAUACUGUGUCGCGCAUGCUGUCGGCAGCGAGGAAACGCGCCAUAAGCAUGUCCGAUCACGUUCGCUGGCGGGAGAGCCGGGGGUGAACGGCUCUUCUUGACGAGGGGGUGGGACAGCAGAAGCUGGAAUGGCGGUAUCUGGUGGCCGGCGCUCAGCAGAGGGCCCCAUUCUGCUGUAGCGCCUUCUGUGUGAACAGUACACGACGGAGCCCGCAUGGUGCCGACACGGCUGCUGGUGGGGGUGCGCCUGCUGCUGGUGGUGUGCUCCGUCUGCCUGCUGACGCUGCUGCUGCUGCUGGGCCGCUGCAGCGUGGAGUCACAGUCUGAGGCCGCGCUCACAGAUGUCUCCACAGGCGCGUGGUCAGCCCCUCAGCGGCAGCAGCAGCAGCCGCAGCUGGCGCCCCCUGCAGACAGAGGGGGGCGGGCGGAGGCGGAGGGGGAGGUCCGGCGGCUGACGGCGCAGGUGCGGGACCUGGAGAGGCGCCUGCAGGUGCUCACAGGCGGCCUGGAAUGGCUGUCCCCUCUGCCUGCUGGCUCCGUGCCUUCUGGCAACACAACCACCUUUGCUUGGCCGCUUCAUGUGCAGUAUCUGGACUACGUGCAUCACCAAGUGCCACAGGAGAACAACCUCGUCCCUGUUCCGUGUGUUGCAGGCAGCCUGGAGUGGCUGUCCGGCGGCUCCCCGCGGCCUCUCAGCCUGCUGGCCCCCGGCAACACGACGGCCGCCACUGUGGCGCCGCUGCACGUGUCGCUGACUGCGGAACAGUGCGUGGACCAGGCGCGCCGCCACGUGUCGCAGGCCGAGCUGCUGGACAGGGGGCGCCCGCUGGCCAGCGAGUUCGAGCUGGUCGCCUUCUCGCACUUCACGCUGAGCCGCGUCUACCCCGUCGAGCUGGCGCUCGGGAAGCGCGUCGUCGAGAAGCCCAUCGGCUUCCGCAAGCUGGACCUGCUGGAGGCUCUUAUGCAGGCCCUGGAGACCCUGAACAGCAGCAGCGGCGGCGGCGGCGGCAGUGGGGAGCGCUUCUCGCUGUCGGACUUCAGCGAGGGCGUGUACCGCACGGAGCCGACGACGGGCACGCAGUACGAGCUGGUGUUCCGCGGCCCCGGCGGCGGGGGCGGGAGGCGCGUGACGCUGGCGCGGCCGCUGCUGGCGCCGCUGGUGGUGGGGGUGGAGCGGCUGCCAGCCCCCCGGGGGCGGCCCACGGUGCACGUGCUGCUGCCGCUGGCCCCGGGGCCCGCCGCACACUUCCGCGCCUUCAUGGACAAGUUCGUGCGCAUCGCGCUCAAGAACGACCGCAGGGUGCAGCUGACGGUGGUGUUCUUCGGCGAGGAGGGCCUGGCCGACGCGCGCUCGGCCAUGUCGCGCGCGCUGGCGCUCUCCCCCCGCGGCGGGCCGCCAGACCAGCUGCGGCUGCUGGCGCUCAACGAGUCCUUCUCCAGGAGCCGCGGGCUGCGCGUCGCCGCCGACAGGGCCGCCGCCGCGCCCGGGGACGCGCUGCUCUUCCUCUGCGACGUCCACCUCGUCUUCAGCGCCAGGUUCCUCGACCGCUGCCGCUGGAACGCCCAGCCGGGCAAGAAGGUGUACUACCCGAUCGUGUUCAGCCUGUACAACCCGCACGUGGUGUACACCCUGCAGGGCCGGCCGCUGCCCCCGGAGGCGGAGCAGCUCGUCAUCUCCCGGGACACCGGCUUCUGGCAGGACGCAGAUUUCGCCACCUCCUGCCAGUACAGGUCUGACUUCCUGAAGGCGUCCACCCCGGCGGAGGACCCACCCAGCUGGGGUGGGGAGGGCGUGUCGCUGUACCGGCGCCACGUGCGAUCGCGCGUCAAGGUGGUGCGCGCCACAGACCCCGGCAUCUUCCGUCUGUGGCACCCCAAGGAGUGCAGUCGGCGGCUGCCCGCGGAACAGCUGCGAGCCUGCCUGAGGAUGCGCGCCCUCACCGAAGCGUCGCACGCGCAGCUGGGGCUGCUAGCCUUCCGCGACGAGUCGCGCCACGCCUGACGAUGGACUACGUCUAGUGGACGAAACGUCGUCUACCUAAGAACGGGUCAUCUCACUGAAGCGUUGUAUAUCCAGCUGGGGCCACUCGUGCUCCAAACCUGAUGGUGGACUACCCCUACUACUACGUCAAAACCCUCUUCCCGUGGAAGUGCGCCCUCGCCGAAGCAGAACGUUCGCAGCUCCGGCUGCUUGCCUUCCUCGACUUCAGCAAUGCUUGACGAUGUAGUACGUCCCGCGGCCGAAACUUCACCUGCCUGAAGUCGGGCGACCUUACAGAAACGACACAUGCACAACUGGCCAAAUGAUGCCUCCCCUGACGAUGAAGCCCGGUUUGCAAUAUAAAUGUUGCCUGUUUCUGGAUGUGUACUCUAAUCAAAACGUCUUAUAUAGAUGGCACUGCUGCAAGUUGUGCUACAGCUGACGUUGGACUCACAUUUCACGGCCGAAAAGUCUCCUGCCUUUGGGCGAAUGCCCUCAGCAAAACAUCACAAGUGCAGCUGAACCAGCUCCAAUUAUACCAUGGGCUGUGCCAAAACGUCGGCUGGUGGAUGAUGCUCACCCACACACACGUGUCACGUUGUGCUUUAAAGUGAGAUCCGUCGCAUGGUCAAAACGUCUCCAUAGAAUGGCAGUGGUACAGCCACAGAGCUUCAGACCUGCGAAUCAAUGGUACUAAGUAGACUGACAGUGGCUCACCUCACAAACAAGUCUUGAACUGUGUACGAAACUGUG